AUGCCCUUCCUGCACGGCUUCCGCAGGAUCAUCUUGGAGUACCAGCCCCUCGUGGACGAGAUCCUGGCGCUGCUGGGCACCGCGGAGCCGCCGGCCGCCCCGCAGAGCGCCGCCUGCCCCGGCGGUGACCGGAGCCGCCUGGGCGCCGUGAGACGCGUCCUGGAGAGGGAGGCGCGCGCGCCCUUCUACCAGGAGGGCGUGAGCUACGCGCUGCUCAAGGUGGCCGAGCUGGGGCGCGUCCCCGCCGCCGAAAUCCUCCUGCAGUUCGGGGCCGAGCUGGCCUUUGAAGAUCCAGUCACCUACUACACGCCGCUGCACAUGGCUGUGCUCCGCAACCAGGCGGACAUGGUGGAGCUGCUGGUGCGCCACGGCGCCGACAUCAACCGCAGGGACCGGAUCCACGAGAGCAGCCCCCUCGAUCUGGCCAGCGAGGAGCCCGAGCGGCUGCCCUGCCUGCAGCGUCUCCUUCAGCUGGGGGCCGACGUCAACGCGGCGGACAAGAACGGAAAGACAGCUUUGCUGCAUGCCCUGGCCAGCAGCGAUGGAGUCCAGAUCCACAACACCGAGAGCAUCCGGCUGCUCUUGCAAGGCGGUGCGGAUGUCAGGGCCACCACCAAAGACGGCGACACUGUCUUCACCUACAUCAUUUUCCUGCUGGGAGAGAUGGUGUGCAGCAGUGCCGAGGAGGCACAGGUCAUCAGUCGCUUCUGCCUCCGUGUCACGCAGCUGCUGCUGGCCCACGGCGCUGACCCCAGCGAGUGCCCGGCCCCCGAGUCCCUCACCCACCUCUGCUUCAAAAGCUUCAAGCGCCACUUUCUGCUGCUGCGGUUCCUGCUGGAGUCGGGCGCUGCCUACAACUGCUCCCUGCAUGGCCCCUCGUGCUGGUCGGGCUUCCACAUCGUCUUCGAGUGCCUCUGCUCUCACCUCAGUGUCUCUGAAGAUGACAGCUUCUCCACAGAGCUCCUCCAGAAGGCUCAGAUUCUGCUGGAGCUCAUGAUGGCGAGUUCACAAGCCGUCCAGCUGCCCGCUGACUUUGAGGUGAACACCAGCAGCUGCAGGUACCACGGGGAGAAGAUCAGGACUCUGUUCUGCUCCUUGAAGCAGCUGGAGCAUUCCCCACAAGGGCUGAAACAUCUGUGCCGGGUGUUCAUCCGGCAGCGCCUUAAACCGUGGCCGGUGGAUGUCAAAAUCAAGGCGCUACCUCUGCCGGACAGGCUGAAGUGGUACCUCCUCAUCGACCACGCUGCUGUUGGGCACGAGGAGCCCUGAGCCCGGCCAGGGUCUCCUCCUUCUCCCCACCUUGGAGGUGACCUGCAGGACAGCCAGCAGGCCCUUGCUUUGGACCAGCUUUUGGAGCAGCGACAAGUGCUGCUGUCCCCGUGCCCACGGCUUGCCCCCAGCGUCCGUCCCCGCCGCGUUUUGGKCCUGGGCUGCUUCGCCCAAUGCUGGGUGUCCUGUGGAGGCCGUGCUGCUCUGCGCGUGUCGGGGAGGCAGCAGGGUGAGGAGAGGCCCUGGGCAGCCGGAUACUGGGGUAGACGGCUGGAUUGGGAGAGAAGCGCCGCUGGUCUCACAGGCAGGACCAGCGGAGCAGCUGGGGUGCUGUGAGCGGGCAGCCUGUCCCUUCUYGUGGCACGCUGGGGCUGGCUGGAGCAGUGCCUUGUUGUUCCCCGUCCCGGAGGGCAGCGGGCGGCUCAGCCCUGCUCUGCAGCGCGUCCUGCCCGGCCGGGCUCCGUGCGAGGGCAGCGGCGGGUCCUGGGCUCUGCGCCGCGGCACCCACGCAGGGAUCAGCGGGCUGCGGGCUGCUCCGUGCCUUGCACCACCCCGUUCUGCAGCCUGCUACGGGCUCUUCCUCUGCUAACUGCUCCCAGGGCCUGGUCUUCAAUGGCUCCUUCCCAGGAACAAGAAAUGACCACGGGGCUCUGGAUCCCUCACGCUUGUGAGGCUGCAGCUGGAAGCUCCAGUCUUUGGAGGCACCUGUGGAUGUCCCUGCUGCAGCUCUCAGACCCCUCCUAGGCACCUGGUUCCUUCUGAAGUGCCAAAGCCUGGUGGGGGAGCUGAGCCCCCUUCCUAUUUUACUAUUUUUUUAUUAUUCUCCAUGGGGAACAGAUGCAGAACGGGAUGGAGAGAGAAAGUAUCAACUCUGAGCAGGUACAAAUGAUUGCAAGUGGAUCUGGGAUCAGCAGGUGAAGGUUGUUCCCCCCACACUGCCCUCCUGGCAGCGCUAUCAUUAUCUUAACCUUCUCCCACCCCACCAUGUUGGAGCUGUGCAUCC